AUGGAUGACCCUUUGAGGUUCUUCUCUUUACAUGAAAAUGGGUUGCAAGAAUUGGUUCAAGAUUGUGAAGUUUGGGAUUUAGUAAACCAAUCUUGUAGUCCCAAGGUGAUAGAAAUCUGGAUUAUAAAAGGAGUGGUUGGUGAUGAUAGUAAUGGAGAGGAGUGUGCUGGCAGUGAUAGUAGUGGGGAGGAAUCUGAUAGUAGUGAAGAUGAAUUCAUUUCAGAUGACUUAGGUAAUGAUGAUGAAGAGUUUGAUAAAAACAUAGAUGUAAAUGCAGAGUAUGGAGGAUUAGGUGAUGUAGAGGCCCAACACCAAAAACAAGCAAGUUGUAGUAUAGUUGCAUGUGAUGAAAUAAACUACUCUGAUGAAGGAAGCAUUGUAGACAGUGAUGGUGAGGAAAAACGAAUGAAAUUGCCUAAGUUUUUGAAGGAGAUAGAAGGAAAGUGUCCUAAAUUUUCCUUGGGUUUGACCUUUAAAGAUAAGACAGAGUUUAGGGAAGCUGUUACCAACUAUGCAAUCAAAGAAGGGAAGGAGAUGAAAUAUGAAAAAAAUGACAAAGUGAGAUGUGUGGUUAAAUGCAAGCAUGAGAGCUCUUCCUUCUCCCUGCCCGGAAAUGUUUCUGAUCACACAGCAUUGCUUUCAUUCAAGGCCAAUAUGAUCGGAGAUUCUCUGCCUCUUCAAUCAUGGAAUGAGUCUACCCAUUUCUGUAAUUGGGUUGGAAUAACUUGUGCUCGCAAACACCAACGAGUUGUAAAAAUCGAUUUGGAGUCGAGCAACCUGCAAGUCUCUUUGUCCCCUGCAAUUGGGAAUUUGAGUUUUCUUAGAGAAUUGAUUCUUUACAACAACACUCUAGCAGGUACAAUUCCAAAAAACCUUUCACAUUGUGUUAGUCUAACAGAUUUUUAUUUGGGAAACAAUAAUCUAACGGGUACAUUUCCUUUGGAGUUCCGAUCAUUGUCCAAACUUGAGUACCUUUCAGUUUUCACAAACCACUUGACGGGAGAGAUACCUGCUUACAUAGGCAAUUUUUCAUCACUCAAGGUACUUUCUUUUGGUGGAAAUAAUUUCAAGGGAAAAAUUCCUACUUCUUUUGGAUGCCUGCAGAAAGUUUUUACUAUUUCUGUACAUAAAAACUGCCUGACUUCUACCAUUCCCAUAUCCAUUUUCAAUCUCUCAUCAUUGUUACGUUUUGAUGCACAAGACAAUAAACUUGAGGGAUAUGUUCCUUCAAAUUUAGGCUCUACCCUUCCAAAUCUAGAGAAGUUUCUUAUUGGUGGUAAUCUUUUAAGAGGACGACUUCCUAUAUCAAUGUCAAAUGCCACAGCACUAAACCAUUUUGAUGUUCGUCAUAAUGAUUUUUAUGGAGGGGUACCGUCAUUUAGUGGACUUAGACUAAAACUUCUUUCACUUGAUGACAAUCCACUUGGUAAUGGAAAAUCCACUGAUUUGGAUUUCAUGUCAUCUCUUCUCAAUAGUACUACUACACUAGUGGUCCUGCUUCUUGAUAACUGUAAUUUUGGAGGGGUUUUGUCCAGAUUCAUAGCAAACUUUUCGAGUCUUGAGGAUUUUUACAUUGCAGAAAAUGUCAUUAGUGGUACUAUUCCCAGUGAAAUUCAUCUUCUUGUUAACUUACAACUCCUAGUCUUAUCAGAAAACCAGCUAGGCGGUCCUCUUCCUGUAGAGAUUGGCGGGUUCAAAAAUUUGGUGUCACUAAACCUCUCAAACAACAUGUUCUUAGGCAAACUUCCAAGUACCAUUGGUGCACUGAGUAGCUUAAUUGAACUCAACAUCAAUCAUAAUCUUUUCCAUGGAGUUAUCCCUCCUUCUUUCACUUCUUUAAAAAGCCUUGAAAUUUUAGAUCUAUCCUGUAAUAACCUCACAGGAAAAAUACCAGAAUUUCUAGGUAAACUUCAGUACUUGAAGCGAUUGAAUUUAUCAUUUAACCAUUUGGAAGGUGAGAUACCAACUGAAGGGAUUUUAAAAAACAAGACUGAAGUUGAGGUGGUUGGUAACAACCUUUGUGGAGGUAUUCCACAAUGUGGGUUGUCAACAUGCCUAAGAGAAGGGGAAAGACAACAUUUGUCCCAUAUUCAAAAGUUGGCAAUUUUAUUGUCAAGUGGGACUUUGAUUCUGCUGAUAAUUGUGGCUCUCAUUUUGUUCAUUUACAAGCAGAAGAACAAGCAGCCUUUAAAGUUGGAUGCAACAACAGAGUUCAUGCCAAAGUUGUCAUAUUGGAAUAUCCAGAAGGCAACUAAUGAAUUUUCUAAAUCCAGCAUAAUUGGAUUUGGAAACUUCAGCACUGUUUACAAAGGCAUUCUUGAUGGUAGUUUGGAAAUAGUUGCAAUUAAAGUCUUCAAGCUUCAAGUGAGAGGAGCAUCAAAGAGCUUUUUGGCGGAAUGUGAAGCAUUGAGGCAAAUUAAGCACCGAAACUUGGUAAAAGUUUUGACCACUUGUUGUAGCAUCGACCAUGAGGGUAAUGACUUCUUGGCCAUUGUUUAUGAGUAUAUGAUCAAUGGUAGUCUGGAUAAUUGGUUGGACAAUCACUCAAAAGACACAGGAGAGAAUAAUGAUUCAAAGAGUCUGAACUUGUUACAGAGGGUAAAUAUUGCAAUUGAUGUUGCAAAUGCACUUGAUUAUCUUCAUAAUCAAUUGGAGACAGGUUUAGUACAUUGUGAUUUGAAGCCAAGCAAUAUUUUGUUGGAUGGAGACUUAGUUGCUCACGUGGCUGAUUUUGGAUUAGCAAAGUUUCUUCACACGGAAGUUACACUUGCAUCUUCAUCUAACCAAGUGAGUUCAUCUAUGGGAAUUAAAGGGACUAUUGGAUAUGCAGCUCCAGAGUAUGGGAUGGGAAGUGAUUUGUCAACAUUUGGUGAUAUGUAUAGCUAUGGGAUCCUUUUGCUAGAAAUGUUUACUAGUAAAAGUCCCACCGGUGAUAUCUUCAAUAAUGGCUUAACUCUUCAUAACUAUGUUAGAAUGAGCAUGCAUGAGCAAGUCAUUGAGAUUGUGGAUCCAAAGUUAUUCCACAAAGAAGCUAAUGCAACACCUAGAAGCCUUCUACUUCAUAACCAGAUAAUAGAAUGCCUUGUAUCAAUUUUUAGGAUUGGAAUAGCUUGUUCCAUGGAGUUACCUAGGGACAGAAUGACCAUUGGCAAUGCCGUCAAGGAGUUGCAUUCAAUCAAAGACACCCUUGUGGAACUGAGAGACAAUAGGACCAUUCCUCGUUAGAGCAGGCCGGCUGUAUACAGUAAGGUAGCAGUGGAGUUUACAACGUCAACAAUCCAAUUAGCAAAUCAGAGACCGAGAUUAUGCAAGAAGGGAGCAAAUUAUGGGGAUUGAUUCAUUCCAAUUGUACUUGAUUGAGAGUUUGAUUUGAUUUUAUUUCGUUUGUGAUGUUGGUUAAUUUUGAUGUUUUGAAGA